AUGGGUGAACACGCAGAAACUGAAGAAAGCCAAGUUCACUUAGGUUUAGAGGAAAAUGGACCACCUGUAGAGCUGCGCCAAAGAAAAAAGCCAAAGUCUUCAGAAAAUAAGGAAUCUGCCAAAGAAGAGAAAAUCAGUGACAUUCCAGCUCCUGAAAGAGUUCCAAAACAUGUAUUAUUUCAACGCUUUGCAAAGAUUUUCAUUGGCUGUCUUGCAGCGGUUACUAGUGGUAUGAUGUAUGCUCUCUACUUAUCAGCAUACCAUGAACGGAAAUUCUGGUUUUCCAACAGGCAGGAGCUUGAACGGGAAAUCACGUUUCAGGGUGACAGUGCCAUUUAUUACUCCUAUUAUAAAGAUAUGUUAAAGGCACCUUCAUUUGAAAGAGGUGUUUAUGAACUGACACACAAUAACAAAACUGUAUCUCUGAAGACUAUAAAUGCAGUGCAGCAAAUGUCCCUAUAUCCGGAACUUAUUGCUAGCGUUUUGUAUCAAGCCACUGGGAGCAAUGAGAUCAUUGAGCCAGUGUAUUUCUAUAUUGGCAUUGUUUUUGGAUUGCAAGGAAUAUAUGUGACUGCUUUAUUUGUUACAAGUUGGCUUAUGAGUGGAACGUGGCUAGCAGGAAUGCUUACUGUUGCAUGGUUCAUUAUUAACAGGGUAGAUACAACAAGAAUUGAAUACUCCAUUCCUUUAAGAGAAAACUGGGCACUACCAUAUUUUGCAUGCCAAAUUGCUGCACUUACAGGCUAUUUAAAAAGCAACUUAAAUACUUAUGGAGAGAGGUUUUGCUACUUGUUGAUGAGUGCUUCAACUUACACAUUUAUGAUGAUGUGGGAGUAUAGCCAUUAUCUCCUGUUUCUUCAAGCAAUAUCUCUAUUCCUGCUAGAUAUCUUUUCACUGAAGCAAAAUGACAAGGUUUAUGAAGUUUAUAAAAUCUACAUAUUUUCCCUCUUUCUGGGAUAUUUACUGCAAUUUGAGAAUCCAGCUUUGUUGGUAUCUCCUUUACUAAGUUUAGUAGCAGCCUUAAUGCUUGCUAAGUGCCUUCAGCUGAAUGUGAAGAAAGGAAGUUUUGUAGCUAAAAUAAUAAAAGUGAUUAAUUUUUACUUGGUGUGUACUCUGACAAUAACAUUGAAUAUUAUAAUGAAGAUGUUUGUCCCACACAAAGAAAAUGGGCACAUGCUGAAAUUCCUUGAAGUAAAAUUUGGACUAAAUAUGACUAAGAAUUUUACAAUGAAUUGGCUCCUCUGUCAAGAAUCCCUGCAGGCACCAUCUCAAGAUUUUUUUCUGCGAUUGACACAGUCUUCUUUAUUACCUUUCUAUAUCCUGGUGUUAAUUAUUUGUUUUCUUUCUAUGUUGCAAGUUAUUUUUAGGAGGAUUAAUGGUAAGUCCCUGAAGGAAACUGUUACUCUUGAAGAUGGACGAAUUGGAGAAAGACCAGAAAUAAUUUAUCAUGUAAUUCACACUAUUUUAUUGGGUUCUCUUGCAAUGGUUAUAGAAGGCUUGAAGUACAUCUGGAUUCCUUAUGUGUGCAUGUUAGCAGCAUUUGGCGUAUGUUCUCCUGAACUUUGGAUGACACUUUUCAAGUGGCUUCGAUUAAGAACUGUACACCCAAUAUUGUUGGCUCUUAUUCUGAGCAUGGCUGUGCCUACUAUAAUAGGUCUCAGCUUAUGGAAAGAGUUUUUUCCAAGAUUAAUGACAGAAUUAAUGGAACUACAGGAAUUCUAUGACCCAGAUACAGUGGAACUUAUGACCUGGAUAAAAAGGCAAGCUCCAGUUGCAGCUGUGUUUGCAGGGAGUCCACAGUUAAUGGGUGCGAUUAAAUUAUGCACUGGAUGGAUGGUGACAAGUUUGCCUCUUUACAAUGAUGAUGAUCUUCUCAAGAGAAAUGAAAAUAUCUACCAAAUCUAUUCAAAGCGAUCUGCUGAGGAUAUUUAUAAAAUACUGACAUCUUACAAAGCUAAUUACCUAAUUGUAGAGGAUGCUAUCUGCAAUGAGGUGGGAACCAUGAGAGGCUGUAGGGUUAAAGAUUUAUUAGACAUUGCAAAUGGCCAUAUGGUUUGUGAAGAAGGUGACAAGCUAACCUACUCAAAGUAUGGGCGAUUUUGUCAUGAGGUCAAAAUUAACUAUUCUCCAUAUGUGAAUUAUUUCACUAGAGUAUACUGGAACAGAUCCUACUUUGUAUAUAAAAUCAACACUGUGAUAUCCUUCCAGUCUUGAAAAAUAACAGAACCUUCAUUUCAAAGACUACCUGAAGUAAAACGCAGUUUUCUUCUACCUACUCGGUGUCUUUUGCAGAUCAGAGUAUGGACAUUUGAAAUAUUGCUGCUGCUUUCUCCCUUCUGCUCUUAACUGGAUCCAGAGUUCUGUGGGAAAUAGAAGAUCAAGCAUUACUCUCCUUUAAUUAAAUGUGAUGUACACCACUCUGCAAUAUUCCAGACAGGUGUCUUCCUUACUGUUACAUGGUCAUUAACACUUUUACUGAUUGCAACAUUUUCCCCAUAAAAUCUUCCUUCUAUUAUAAUAUUGAUCUUGAAUUUGAAUAUGUUCUAGGUCAGAAUACAUUUCUCAAACAACAUUUAAUAAAUACUUAAUGUGAUAUAAUUAUUUAAUAGAAGGAAAGAAUUAUUCCUACCUUCAAGCAAGUUUCUGAAGGUAUUUUAUGAUGUAUAACAACUGAAGUUUUACAAUAAAAACUAAUUUAAAUGUUA